AUGGUACACAGAUUUUGUUUUGAGGCUCUUGAUAGAACACUUAGAGAUGUUCUUAGAUUUUCUAAUCCGAGUUUCUGUGAUAAUCCAUUUGGUGGAAAAGUUGUUGUUUUAGGAGGUGAUCUCCGGCAGAUUUUACCUGUGAUUCCUCAUGGUAGCAGACAGGAUAUAGUUCAUGCCACUAUUAAUUCGUCUCAUCUUUGGCCGAAUUGUAAUCUAUUGACUUUGACAAAAAACAUGCGUCUAACUUCAGGAAAUAGUAAUCAAAAUUUGAUGGAAAUAAAAGAAUUCUCUGAAUGGCUUCUUAAAAUAGGAGAUGGUGAUCUUGGAGAUGAUGUGGAUGGGGAAUCUAUUAUAACAAUUCCAGAUGCACUAUUGAUCAAAGAAUCGGAAGAUCCACUUUCAGAUUUGGUUGAUUUUGUGUAUCCGAAUAUGUUGAAUCAUAUUUUUGAUCCUGCUUUUUUCAAAGAACGUGCUAUUUUGACUCCUAAAUUGGCAGAUGUUGCUAUCUUAAACGAGCGGCUUAUGAGUUUUAUUCCGGGCGAAGAACGAACAUAUUUCAGUUCAGAUAGUGUUUUGAAGCAAGAUGGAAAUUCUGAGCUAGAGGAUGUUGAAUUUUCUCCUGAGAUUUUAAAUACCUUCUCAUGUUCCGGACUUCCUGAUCAUAAAUUAACUUUAAAGGUUAAUGUGCCGGUUAUGCUUUUGAGAAACAUUGAUCAAUCAAAGGGGUUAUGUAACGGCACAAGACUGCUUAUUUCUAGAUUAGGCAACCAUGUUGUUGAGGCAACUGUUAUUACAGGAUGCAAUAUAGGAGGAACUGUCUUAAUCCCUAGGCUCACUGUCAGCCCGUCUUCUCGUACGUUUCCUAUAAAUUUCCAAAGAAGACAAUUUCCCUUGGUGGUUUCAUUUGCAAUGACUAUCAACAAGAGUCAAGGACAAUCGCUUUCUCAUGUUGGAAUUUAUCUUCCUAGACCUGUUUUUACUCAUGGACAAUUAUAUGUGGCGCUAUCAAGAGUAAAGAGCAAACAAGGAUUGAAGAUUCUUAUAUUUGAUGAUAAUGGUUGUGUUGCAAAUAGUACCUAUAACAUUGUCUAUAAAGAAGUAUUUCAAAGGUUAGUGUAG